AUGGUGCAAUGCAAAAAACAUAUAACUAAAUCCUUUUGUUUUGGUCUGAGGACUGAUCAAUCCUCAAGCAGUGAAAACAAUGACAGCAACGGUGAUGAUUAUUCUUCCUCGGAUGACUCGGAUGGCUCCGAUGAUCCUGAAUGUGUUCAAGAAAUUGCAUUGUCGCUACAAAGAUUUCAAUCUUUGCAUGCAAACGACCAUGGGCCUGCCACUAAAAGCUCUUAUGCGAAGAGCGGGAUGUCAAAGUCCAGGUGCAAGGACGCCUUGAAGCAUCCACCUUGCAAGUGCAAGUGCACCCUACCCCUCAGGAUCUUGGUCGCGCUUUGCCAGGCUUUUUGGGCCCUAUCAAAGCUGUGUCAGGAUUCCUUACUGUGGUCCAUACAGUUGGAGGGUGGCCCUGGAUUGAGGAAGAAGUGGACAUUGGGUGGGUACCACAUCUGCCGUGAGUCCUGGCUGUACUUCCUGGGCAUUGGAAAGCAACGUGUUACUCGAUGCAAACGGAAGUUUCAUGGCAAGGAUCUUCGUAGCCUCAAUGGUUCCGGAGGACCAUUGUCACGCCCAUCCGUGAAGGCAGCUUCUGUAGAGGCUUUUUUUGUUCACAUAUACUUCAGCGCUGGGGAAACUGUAGCUGAGUUGGGCACGCCGCAAACUAUGGUGGAGUCCUCGAACAAGGAGCUUCGCCAGGAUCUCCUGGAGCGUCUCAUCGACGCCAAAUUGACAGGACCUACACUACAAUUAUCCUUCCAGUGCAAUCCACAGCUGCUGCCAAUGAAGAGAUUACCCCAUGGAAACUGGGCGAAUCUUUACUUAAUGUACAGAUCCUAUGUGGAAUCAUCCAGUGGUCUGGAAAGCACUGCAGGGAGAUCCUUGUUCUACGAUGUAGCAAGAAAGUGGAAGGUAUGCUUACGGUUUCACAAACCUUCUGUCCAUUCGAUUUGCACUACGUGCUCAACCAUCAAGGCCCGCUUGGCGGAUGCCACUGACUUUAGUCAACAAGCGCAGCUAUCAGCACAGCUGCUCCACCACUACGCGGCCCAGUGGCGCGACCGCCAGGUUUACUGGCUCUGUCGCACAAGAAGCCGGACGGAGCGCGAUAUACUCUGUCAUAUCAUUGACACUUUUGAUCACUCAAAACUGGUCUUGCCGCGCUUUCCCGGAAAACGGUCUCCUAAGUCUUCGAUCUACGACACUUUGAAGCGCACUCAGCUCACGCUAACAUGCAGCAUCUGUCAUGGCUAUGGCAUUUACUUUUUCUUGGCAGAUGAGGGGGCUUGUGGAGGGGCCAAUUGGGCCAUACAGGUCGCCAUGAGAUCCAUUGACCUCGCAUGGCAAUUUGCACGACGGCAAGGGCUAAGCUUUCCCCAAGAGUACUGGCAACAAGGUGACAAUGCAUGCAAAGAGAUCCGCAAUGCCCCGAUGCACAAACUGUUUUGCCUUCUAUGUCAAGAAGGCUACUUCAACCAGCGCACAGGGGCACAUUUGGAAGUCGGGCACACACAUGAGGACAUAGAUGCUGCCCUGUCUGUUGUCACCGCAGCUUUGAAUGCCUGCAGCGACUUGCAAACGCCUCGGGACAUACAAAGGACUGUUUUAUGGUUUCUUGCAUUUUGUUUGCCUCAGCUUGUUUUCAGAGAUAGUUUGCGGUCACCUCCAGGGCCUUGGAAAACCCUCAUGCCGUCCAGUGUCCAAACUUACAAUGCCUAUAAAGGCAGAAAGCAACAGCCAGGACAACCAGAGCAAAAGGUCCCUCAGCAGUUCACGUUCAUCAAAAGAAGAGAUAUGCCUGGGCUUGGUCAUCUCAUGCCGACAGAGGAAAGGCUCCCAGUGAGGCUGCGCAAUCGUGGUGAGGUCAAUGACAUCUUCGCUCUCUGCAAGCAGCGCAUGGCGGAUGACUAUCUGUGUCAGGAACCACUACUUGUCUUCCCACACGGACUUCACGGGGCGACUACCCACUUUUGGUCACGGCUCCGCAAUCCUGACUCCGUGCUGCCAACGAUCCAACCUAGCAUUGAUGACGGGCGGCGUGGAGAGCUUGACACCCUGGGGAAGCAGAUUGUGACUGACUACCCGCAUCUUGCUCGCAGAGGAGUCUACUACCAAAAGUUGGUGGACCAGCUGUGGGACAAAGAUCCUCCAGCUCGCUUUCAAUUUAUUGAUGCUGGGCCAACAGCUGAUCACAGAUAUGGAGAGGUGGUCAAGAACUUGAUUACGGACCGCUUUGUUUCCACAGAUCGGCCUACUUUGAGCUUGAUUCCCCAAGACACGCUCACAGAAUUUUGGCUACCGCUCCAUCUCUUCGACAUUGGACCUGAUGCCAAGAAUGGCUUCUAUCCACAGAACAGCCAAUUCGUGAAGUUCUUCCGUGAGUUCCUGGCUGGAUAUGUGCCCCGUGAAGUUGUUGAGGAAUGGACAGAGGAUAAGGAGCUGCAAGACCCAGAUGUGCUGGCAAUGCUGCAAUCCUAUCGGUGGGUGCGUUGGAGUACAGUGCGUAUGGACUCGCCGCAGUACGCCUGCAAACCUGUCUUCCGCAAGAUUCUCGAGGAUUUCUCCAGACUGGUGGGGCGUGAUGCGACUACGAAAGCCAAGAAAAACGCACAGCUCACGGAGCAGCAACAUCAGCUCCUCUUCGAUGUGUGCGCGUUGUGGCUGCACCUGCUGCCGCUCAUGAAGGCCGAGUUCCCUGAUAGUGUGGUGGAGCAGCACCAUGAGCUCUUUAUGAAGGGGUCGCUGGAUGGUGACUUGCAGACAGUGAUGAAGGCAGCGGAUGAAGAUUUUGAUUGGAAGAGGAUCAAUUUCAUCCUCGAGGUUCGGGGAUCCACCAUGGAGAGCUUCAUCAAUGAGGCUCAAGAUCGCCAGCGGAGCGCACUGAGCAAGUCCCUCCAAGCAGCCUUUGCAGCGUGGCAUGAACAACUACAGCAUGAUCAAAUUCAGUUUGAGCAGGUGCAGAUUCUGCAAGAGAAAUCACAAGCCAAGCAACGAGCAAAGCUUCUUCGGCAAUUGGAGGACCAGCAUACAAAAGCUUGGCAAGCCGUUCAAGACUAUAUGUCGACGACUUUGAAGAUCUUUGCAGGAAAGGCCAGCGACGCUGUCACACAGGUCAUGCCCAUGCUGACAGAUUGGGUGGAGACCUCCCUUCAGGAAAUGGCGGAGGUUCGGGAACCCGACGACCAUGCUGUUGUGGUGUGGGUGAACUUGCCCACUGCAGGGAUCUUGGGGGUCCACAAACGUGAAUGGGUUGUGACCUACCUGGCCAAUGUCCUCCAGAAGUUCAAGAGGAAUGGAGUUGCAGUGCUGGUUCACUCCAAUCGCGCAUCGAGGGAUGGUGACAAGAUUGCAAAAGAUGAAGAUGAUGAGAAAGUGAAAACGGAGAAGAAAGAAGAAGACAACGAUGAUGAUGACGACAAAUCAUGCGACAGCGAGGGCCAGGUAGAGGAGGCUGAAGUUCGCAAUGUCCGAUAUCAGUUGGAGAAGUCACUCUCCAUGAAGGAGUUGAAUCUGUCCAUCAGGCCACUGACCUUUGUAUUCGACCAGGCCACUGUUUAUGGACGGAGAGAUGGAACCCUUCAUGGGCUUUUGAUUGCCUCGAAAGAGAAGGUGAACAUGUUCCGGAAUUCGAAGGCUUGGAAAACAGGGGUGGUGCACGACGUGAGGAUGGCCCCACGUGCGGAAAUGUGGAAGCCCGAAGAGAAUUCCGAAGCCAACCUGCGAGUUUUGUGCGGAACAGUUGUUCUCGACGUUGUGGCCGACGACUUGUCCAACAGGAUUGGAAAUGACAUAUACCAUGCAGCAAGAAGUGGAUCAAUCAAGCUCACAGGCUUCCCCGACUUCGCACCGGUGCUGUCAGCACUCAAAACUGUGGCAGACACCCAAGUGGAAAAGAGCUACAAGGUCUGUGCCCCCAUCGGGUCAAAUUUGGCAGUGCUGCAAGUGUAUGCGCAAAAGUGGCUCGAUGAUGAUCUGACCGCUGAGAGGGCAAACCAAAUAAUUACAGAGCAUAACGAGAAGUUCAACCCGAGUGGAGAAUUUGUGCAACCAGAAGGCACCCAAAGGACUUCUAGCUUUCAACUCGGGUCUGAAGAGCUGCCUGCAAAGAAGAUCAAAAUUGAGGAUGCAGACAAUUGCACUGAGCAAACAAUCUCAAGUCUUGUGAACCCGCAAAAGUUCAACAUCAACAACACAGUGGAAUUGCUGACAUCCGGUGAUGGAUCGGCCAUAUAUUUGGCGGCAAAGGGCAAAAACAAUUUCAUUGCACAUCGGGAGAUGUUUUCCUUUGGAAGUGGUGAGUGGCGAUCCGGAAGUGAAGCGACUGAAGUGAUGCAAGAUGCAGGUGGCCGCUGGUUCAAGUUUGUGGCUUCCUUCGACACCAUUGUGGUGCUUGAGCGCAAGGACCUUCCAGAGCAUUUAUUACAAUGCCCAUCGAUCGAUCGACCAGUGAUGCUGCGAAAGAUGUUGCAGCAGCUAGAGGACGUGGGAGAGGUGAAUGUGAAGGUGUUUCAACACACCAUGUCUUCUGGAGAGCAAGCUACUUGGACCUGUGACAAGCCACUUUGCUUCCUGCUCGACGAGCGCAAGGAUCAGGAAGAGAACAAGAAAGGCCGCAAGGGCAAGAAAAAGAAAGACAACAAUCCUACAUUCAAGAACUUUGGCAGCCGCGUGAAUGUGAGCAAGCUGAAGGGGACCUCAAAGCUUAUCAUUGGCUGGCGAAUCAGGCACGACACCACCAUCAGCAAAGGCCGUCCUCCCCCCAAGAGUUACGGAUUCCUCAGAAUCAUCACCUGGGGGCGCUACAGAGAAUCCUUCAUCAAAGAAGAGGCAUUGCCCUUUUCCCACAUGAUUGAAGAUGCCCCGACCAAGUCUGAGGAGGAGAAAGAACUUUUGAGGUCGCAGGUUUAUGAUGUUCCUCACCAUUUGGAACCUAUGCUGGUGGGAGACACCCCAGAAACCAUGAUCGACACCCCGGUUCGGCGCAGCCCUGACAACCAGCUUGGCUUAAGCAGUGCAGAAAGCAAGCCUGAAUUGCGCCGAUCGAACGCCGACAACGACUUGGCUGGCCUCUUUGAGGAAGAUGAGGUUAUUGAGACGCUGGAUUCAGCUGCCCCUUGGGCAUAUGAUGACACUCCGACGGACCUUGAGGACUGUGAUGAGCCAAGCUCUGGUGAGCCACCGCUGCCAAGCUCCAGCGAGUUGGAUGAACCGCUGCCUCAAGCGAUGCUGCAGCAUUUCAGCCGUUGGCGCGGUGCAGAUCAAUGCCAAGCCCGGGACAUGUGGGGAGUCCAAUUGCCCAAACGUUUCGGCCCGUACAGAGUGAAGAAGUCCGUGUGGGGGCGCUGUGGGCGUGUGGCGCGUGCACGCCGCCCGAAGUGUGACUGGAGAGACAUCGCCAAGGCCAUGACCGUUGCAGACCGCGGCCAGUGGUCAGAGGUGCCGACCGCCGGCGCAGUGCCCUCACAACGGCAGUCCUUAGCGCUGUGUGGGGCCACUGCACGGAGCGAGAAGGUGAUCCUCUUUGGAGGCAACACGUCCCGACGUGUGGCGGGCAGCUGGGAGCCCUCACGAACGUUGUGCUUGGUGGACUUGCCGAAUGAGCAUGGCAGUAGUGUCCACUUCACCUCCAUCGACACCAAAGAGCCCUGGCCAACUGCUCGCUGGGGCUCCACCUUGACGCAGACCACCACGGGCGCCCUUCUCUGGGGCGGGUGGAGCAGACAUGGCAAUUCUCAACCUUGGAUGCUCCGAUUCCGAGAAGCCUGCCCCGACUGGACCGAGUUGCCCAACACCACCGGCCCAUGGGCAACAGCCUUCCACACGGCCACAGGCCUUGAAGACGGCAAACGUGUUGCGAUUGUGGGUGGGCUUGGAGAUGGCAGCUCACACGAUGGUGUUUGGACCUUCCACGCCGACACCGGUCGUUGGACUCACUGCUCCGGUGGCCCGGCGCCCGCGGGGCACGUGGCGGCGCUGGAUGCGGACGGGCAGCGGCUGCUGCUGAGCUUUGGGGUCCGGCGCUCACCGGAUUCUUUGAAUGGCGACAGCUUCUUGGAGACGAUGAAUGUCUUUGACCUCAGGAUGAACCGCUGGGACGACCUUUGGAAGGAGCGAGACAAGGUGCAAGUGAACAAACCUUGUGCACGGCGGAAUCCGGCUGGUGCGAGCAUCGGUCGAUACUUCAUCAUCUCGGGUGAAGAAGACUUUUCCACGUUGAACGAUACCUGGGCCUUUGACAUGCGACGGGGCACCUGGAAGUUGCUGGACCUGAACCACGCGCCUCCGGUCGAAGGGCACAAGGCGAUCGCCAGUGGUUUGGACCUUUUCACCUUUGGUGGCCACCGGCUGCGACACUUCGAAGGGCCACACGUGUCUGUGCACAAGCUGGCCUUAUGUCAAGGUAGGGCAAAUAGUUUUAGGGUAACAACUGUAACAACUUGGGACACCCCUUUUGCUUGA